UUGUUGUUUGCCGCCACGAAAAACUGGCAACAUUUGUGAUCGUCGAAAAGGUGAGCUCAACUCAGUUGGAAUCUGAUACUCGGCGUGAGUGAACAUCAAGCGGAGGCGAACACGUUGACGGCGAACGAAGCAACGACGACGAAUCGUCCAAACAGCGAUUCCGGCUUACAAAUGCUGAACGCCAAUUAAAACGAAUUGAAUUUCCAAACAUAUUUGCAUUAUUACGACAAAUUGAGAAAAUUACAAUGCGCGCAGUUAACUGUUUAAAGUGCGAAAUUAUGAAAAUGAUAUGUUAAAGAAAAAAAAAUAAUCGUUAAUUGUUUAUUACUCGGGGGAUUGCCUGUUAAAAUUGUUGGGCGUUAAAGUUAAUUUCUGCAAAUUUAUUGUGAGAUUUUUGUGUGAAUUUUUAUUUGACCGCAGUUUUUAAGCUGUUUGUGUUAGUUUGUUUGUGUUAAUUGUGCGCGAAAGCUGCAAGCUUUUGAAUAUCGAUAUUUUAUUAGCAAAAAAAAAACACAAAAAACCAAAAAAACUGUAAUUAACGAAAAGCUGCGUUGUGAAUUAACAGUAAUAACGAGAACAACAACUUCGACGAGUUUUGCAUUUUUGAUUGUACAUAAAUUAAAAAAAUUGUCAAAGCGAAAUUCCGAAAACCCAAAGUCUUCAAAGCAACAUUGCAAAUCUGUUUUGGUUUCGUUAUUUUUUAUUAACGUGAAAAAAUUAAAAAUUUGCAAUUUUAAUUAAUUCGCGACACGAAAAAAAAGAAACAUAGGUGUGUGUGUGUGCAAAAAAUAGUCGACACAUAAAAAAUCAGAAAGAAGAAUAAACAAAGGAAGCAAUAAAAAAUAAGUAAAAAAAAAUAGAAAUAAAAAAAAGCUGUGCAACAACAACAACAAAAUAUGUAUAUAAGCAAAGUAAAUAGCGAAAUGGUUACUCGACGGGUUGCGUUCGAUGACAGCUGCUGCAAUCGCAACAGCAGCAGCAGCUACUACAACAAUAACAAAACUGUUAAAAAUCGGGUGUACGAUGGCAGUCAAUUUGAUAUUGAAAAGCGUAAACGAAAUACGUCAAAUUGUGAAAUGAAAAAACACAGUUUUUCGACAAUUUUUCACAUAUCAUUAAUCGGAAUUUUGUCAUUGUUGGCUAUGGCCAAUGCAGUUGUGGCUGCGCAAGGCGCUGCUGUUUACUCGAAUAUAAAUUUCCUAACUAAUCCCAAUUUCGAGCAAAUCUGCAGCGUUCAACAGGAGCAUUACAUCGAAAGCGAUGGCAAAGAAUCUAGUCUAAUACUCGAAUUCGCACCCGGCGUUUUAGCCGAGAAACGGAAAUUGUGUACGCGCAUUCUCAGCGCACCCACCAACUAUGGCUUCAUUGUACGCCUCAUUUUACCAAAGAUACGACGUAAUCGUCAUGGCGUUACGCCGGCUGUCACAAGUGCUGAGGGUGCGGCCAAGCCAGUGGGAACAAGCACUGGGGGCGCAGCGGCGACAGUGACGACGGCAGCGACAACGGAAACUGAUAGAAUCGGUGUAGAUGCUGGUGCGACCAAGAGGAGUGGCGUGCCGGCGCUCAGUGGGAUGACGUCACUAAUUGACAGACUCAACGCGUCUGCAAUCAAAGCAGCUAAACCAACAAGAUCCUGCCCAUUGUCGAUUUUCAGCUCGUUGGACUUCCACACACCUCAAUGGCGUCUAGACCCCUGCCUACUGGAAGACACAGCGCCGGAUAUGGAGGAUCCUGUGCGUCUGUUUCAUGGGCGCGUGCGGAUUGUUUGGGAGCACGACCACCACACCUUGCACUCCAAAUUGAUGGUCACAGCUUUGGGCAAAGGCGAGCAGUGUCGCAGUGAAAACAAGCAUCAAUGCCUGAGAAUCGGCGAUGAACCCAUACUUUGCAUUUCCAAAGAGCUCGUCUGCGAUGGUAUUCGUCAUUGUCCGAUUAGCAAUGAGUACGAUAGCGAUGAGGAUUAUGAAAUGUGUUGGAAGCGACGACGCUACGGCGAACCGAUCCCACCCGCCAUGGAGACGGACAUUUUCGAACAUUUUGCUUUAGAAGUUUUUCGAAAUUUGUUUGCCUUCGAUGUGCCGUCAUAUGGGGAUGCGACGACAACUUCUGCCACGUCGAUCACAGAUCAGCCAACAUCUACACAGGAGGGUAGCGGCAGCGCUGGUGUGGUGAAUAGCACCACACUGCGUAAAGUGGAGUCAAAGCAAAUCGGUCAAUCGGCGCAUGAUGUCAACAAAAAUAGUAAUAGUACUGCUGCUGGGACCACAGUGCAAGCUGAAAACGCCACCGAAAGCACGGGCACGGGUCAUCAUCGACGCAACUCAACACGUUCUGGCCUCAAUUCGGAUCUUUCGAAGUAUGGUCCAUGGGGUUAUCUUAUGCUGGGCAUGCUACUGUGCGGUGGUGCGCUGUUGAUUUGUGGACUUUGGGCCUCUGCCUCCCAGCACGCAACUAAUAAUGAACGCGAAGCAGCAUUGCAGAACGGUGCCGCUGGCACUGGUAGUGAUCUACAAUCGAGCAGCGCUGCGCCCCCCAAUUACGAGGAGCUAGACCCACCGCCCGCCUAUUCAGUUCUUUUCCCCAAUCAAAAGGCGGCUUCCAGCACUACGUUGAGUUCAUUGGGCGCAGCAGCGCUGAUGCCGCCCACAAUAGCCGCUGUAGCGGUAACAACACCCAAUGGCACCGCAGUGACCAUGCCCACAGGAACAGCAGCAACAUCAGCAGCGACAUCUACAGCGGCACUAGCAACACCACCACCACCAACAACAACAGCAGCCGCCACAAGAACAACUCAGGUGCAGCUAGAGAGUGCAACGUGCAGUUCGCAGGCUCACUGAUAGCGACUGCAGCGUAUGCCGUACCUGGAAAGCGUUGUCGCCUGAGAAGUUUUUCUGAUUUUCUGAAAAAACGACUGACUUUUUAGUUCGAUUUAAGUAAAAUAAUUUUAGAUUUAGCUACACAACAACAAUUAACGAGCUCAUUAUUAAGUUAGAUUUUCUACUUAUAUAUAUAAUUUUUAUCUCUCUCUCCCCUCUCUGUCUCUAUCUUAAUUUCUAUUUAACUAUUAUCUGAACUAUUUUAAGUAUGCGUGAGUGUUGUUAUUAACUUGACAAUGAGAGCUGUAAGCAUUUUCUGAAUAGUAACUGGUUUAUGUCUCUGGAAACAUGCCUUGAAGCAGUGGUGCGCACGCUCCAGCACCACUUCCUUUUGCUUGUUGCGUAGUGUAGUUGAGGCUCGAGAAUGAUAGAAUACAAAAUUGCACAAAUUGAAGUGAAAAAAUGAGCGUUGCUUUGCCGUGACGUCAUUGUAGAUGAAAUGUUCGAGAGAUAAAGUGUCAGGUGGUGAGCCUUCAUAAACAAAAAUUAAAAGUUAGAUUAAGUUGUUUGUUGUUGUUUGUUCUCUACUUUCCCAAUACUUUCCCAAUACUUUGACCAAUACAUGACAAUCAAACGUACCGAACAAGGCGAAUUGAGCAGUGAAUGUGGCGUCUUCCCAAAGUUUUCCUAGCUACUUUAUUCAAGUCUGACGUCAAGCCCCUUUCCAAUACGAAACAAACAAAAGGAGGAAAAAUUACUUGUUGAAAAUUCAGAGAAUGGCUUGUGAAUAUUGUAAUUUGUGAGAUUCUAACUAAACAAACUAAUGAAAAUGAAGUGCCGCCUGUUAAGCCGCGUGAAAGCAUACCCUAUGAUCAGAUAGUACCGGGAAUGUUUGAAUAAAACAAAAUAGAGUUAAAUUUCAAACAAAUUUAUUUUAUCUCCUUCCAAAUAUGAUCCGUCUGAAGCAACACAGAUGUGCCAACGUUUAACCCAGUCCUCCAUGCACCCCUGCUGGUAGGCCGACGAAGGGAUGACCUUCAGCUCCUUCGUUGCAUUCUCUUUGAUCUCCUCUAUCGACUGAAAUCUCAUUCCACGAAGUGGUAACUUCAACUUGGGAAACAAAAAGAAGUCGCACGGGGCCAUAUCAGGUUACUACGGUGCUGGCACGAUGGUAUUUACUUGGUCAAAUAAUCCAGCACAAUUUGGGCUCGGUGCGAUGGCGCAUUAUAUCAUCAUGCAACAUCGAAGCAUUGUUUACCCAGGCAGACACUAAUGAUCCGAUGGCGCUAAAAAGUGGCAGAUGUGUGUCUUACAGUCCUACCAACAUAAGAAAAAAUAUGAGUCGGUUCCCUCGUGCGCGGUUCGUUUAAAUUAAACAUUCCCGGUACUUUUUGAUCAUAGGGUAAAUGAAUAUAAAUCCUCCAAAUGCAGUUUUUUUGCAUUUUUAUGCGGAGGACGCCGUGGCAAUGCAUAAAUUCUUGCGCUUGGUAGUUUCUUUUGCUUUCGAUCACGCUUCGCCCUUCAGAUAAUUCCUCUGCCUUUUGUUUGUAUAUUCAUGAGUCCUGACGACACAGCGAAUUCGGAAGACGCAAGCUUGUAUUCUAUCAUUGUUGGCUCAAAAGCUAAUGCUUUCAAAUUCACUGAGAACCGAGUAGCGGCACUGCGAUAUGCGCAACCUUUGGCAUUUUCUGAAUGAUAGUUAAAGCUCUAAAAGCUCUAAAGUUUAUGUUCGUAGAGUUCAGAGAACGAAAAAUAUACAAAAAAUAUGUUUAAAAUAGCAAAAGUAGUUCUUUUAAAGCUAAGUUGUGAGAGCAAGCAUUGAAAUUUUGGGUACUUACAAUUUUUCAAGGCUAAUCCAUUAGAGGUGAAAGCAGUAGACCGGCUGAUUUGUUUCUUUACUUUUGCCGUGUAUAUUCGGAUGCCAGUACAAAAGACAUAACGGAAAGUCAUUCCAUUCGCACUAGCGUCGUAUGCUUCUCGCUUGAAAUCAAGGCGAAUCUAUUAAAGGUGGUAUCGGUAAAUCAGCUGAUUUGCUUUUUUUCUUUCGCCGCGUCCAUGUGGCUGUCAGCCCAGAAUGAAACAAAGCUAAUUCAUGUUUUGCUUCCUAUUUUGCCAAGGAUUUGUUUGACAAUCAAACGUACAAAGCAUUGUUGUUGGUCUAGUGCCACCACCUUCAAUGAAUGCGCAUUGAUUGAAGUUAAUGCUGGUUAAUCAAAGCAGUUCGCCCCCUUUAUUUCUACUUUUUUUCUUCUGUAUUUUCUCGGAUCACGACAUUCCAAUGUACAAACGUUGUUGCUGGUCUACUGCCAUCAUCUUUAAUGAAUGCGUCUUGGAAUCUUUGCAGCUAUUAGAGUUCAAAAAUGUCUGAAAUACUUGUAAUUGAACUCAAUACUCAAAACUUCAAAUGUCAAACCAGUUACUCGAGCGCUUCUCAAAUAGCAUUUUUCCACUAGUUAGCUUCUCUUUUAAUCGACUUUUUUUCGCUAUGUAUGCCCUACUAUGUAUAUUUAUUAUUUAGUUCUUCGGUUCUUCGCUAAAAUCUCCUCGAAUGUGUAUGUGUAUGUUGCGAGUUGGAUAAUAAAUAUUUUCACAUCAAACGUAAUAAAUGGCUUGAGAAUGAGAAAAUAAAUAAGCACCUCUUCAAUUUUCUUAUUUAAUUUCAUUCUAUUAAGAAGUAUGACAAAAAAAAAAAAAAAAAAAAAAUUAAAAACAUUGAAGCAACAACAAAACCAGCAAGGCUUUGACAAUAAAUAUAGAAAAAAAGUGUAUGCAAAAAGUAAAAAUAA